AUGGAGGUCCUUUUUCAGCGAAUUUUGGCUAAUUUUUGCAGUACUUGUUUGUCGCGCAGAAAGCGCAAGCUCAGCGCAUUGUACUUAGCCACGGUCGGCUUUGGCGCGACCGAGGACCCUCAAUACCCCGAACACGAACAAGCCUUCCUCGACGCCAACGAUUUGUCCAAAGGUCGUCAAUUCAAUGAAGCUACCCUUCCACCGCCCACGCACGCACGCGCGCGGUUACCAGAAAGCAACGACGCGGCAUUCCCCAAGCCGGUAGUCGCUUCGCCGACCCAGGGCCUCCAAACGACUGAAACUCGCCAGCGCACAACACCUUCUCUUCCCCAAUCCGACAAAAUCACACCUAAUCUCCCUACCCCUGCCGACGCGACUGGAUCACUGCCCCCGCCUCCGGCUAGUCCUCAGCAUCGAGAUGCAGCAUCUCCGCCUGUCGCGCAAUCUCCUUCUAGCGCCGGCCAGAAUGGCAGCGCAUCUGUGUCAGCAACGCAAUUGCUCACCAAAGAUCAUGAUGGAACCAAGGCAACUAGCCCUCCUGUGCCAAAGCCAGCCGCCGGUGCUCCCUCGUUGGACAUUCCCUCCGACUCUCUCCCCCGAACGAAACACGAAACCCGUCCCUCUCUCACGCUAGGACCUUCCCACGAGCACCCGCCAUCACCCGCCUCAUCAAUUGACCCUUACAAUAAUAAUACACCCGUACCAAUCGCGGCAUCACCCGACACAAGCCCCGCGGAAGAAGUGGCCGAAGACGCCGGGGUAAUUGAUCGCCAAAAACACCACGCCCGACCUACUAAUGGACGAUCGAGCAUGGUCCCUUCCACCCCGGACGAACAGCCACGUCUCGAGGAAGCACCGUCAACACACGACAAAACUACUAAUGGUGUAAAUGACAUGCAGCCCAAAGAGGCCGAAGAGCCCGUGGACCGAGAGGACGAUACAGACCAAAUGGACAUCGACCAAGAGACUGCUCCUGAUCAUUCCGGGGAUAAAACCUCGCUUGGAACCAAAGCAGAGAGGGAAACUGUGUCACCAACCGCGCCCAUGGAAAUCGCCGAAGAUGCGACUCCCGAGACACCGGCCAAGAAGUCUGUGUCUAUACCACCCACCCAACCUGGAUCAACUCAGCCGGAACGGAUGACCACCCGGGUUUCAUCAGGAGCUCUUCGCCACAAGUCGGUCUCAGAAAUCCUCGGCGAAACCCCCCGGAGCCAUGACAAGAGCCAUCCUGCCACGCCAUCCGAGCAAGGUUCUCCUGAUUCUGUUGCCAGAAUGCGCUUCAAGGACCGCAAAGAGCGAGAGAAAGAGAGAAGCCGACUUUCAACUGUCGUGUUCCCAAAGCAACCAGCUUCCCAGCAGGAAAGAGCAGACACCAUGGAUCUAACCCACAGGGAUCUGGAUGCGGUUGCGAAGCUGAACGAGGAGCAGGACUAUCUCUUCAAGCUGUUCCUGAACCGAGCAUACGCACCUCCCCGAGGAACAAGCCUCAAUACACUCCUGGUGUCCGCGCACAAGACCUUGAGCACCGGCAACCACCUGCUAGAGUACCAAGAGCAGAUGGAUGUUCGCACACUGAGACGCAUCUAUGCCCUCCAGAAUGCCAACAGGUGGCCACUGCGGCAAUUGAAGCGCUCUGUUGAGCCUCAGCGACAAGGUACACAUUGGGACGUUGUUAUUGACCACGCGAAAUGGAUGCGCACAGAUUUCCGGGAGGAGCGCAAAUGGAAGAUUGCCGCAGCGAAGAGCUGUGCCGACUGGUGCGCAGAAUACGUGCAUAGCGACGAAGAGCAUCGGAGUCUACUUCGUGUCCAAGCCAAGAUCCCGAGCCCAGGUCUGUUUGAAAAGGACCAAUCGAAGGCCGCUGCAACGCCACCAUUCGAAGAUAACAGGGAUGAAUCAUUUGGCGUUGCCUCUCAUCCCACACCUGAUCUAGUACCUUCUGGCGAAGAGGAGUCGGUCAGCGAUGGUUUCAACGAUGAACCUCGCCACGAACUUCACGACACAGUUGCACCGGCUGCGAUCUUCUCCCUGGGAUUGGAUGAGUUCAAUUUCUCAGUUGAUAUGACCCCUGCUGCCGAAAAGCUGUUGGAUGAGCUACCAAUUUAUGGGCCACUCCAGAUUUCCCCAGAGACAAGCCUACCAGCUUUCAAAGACCAGCCCGACUCAGCGUGGAAACUCGAUCUCCUGCCCGUCUCCAAAUUUGCCUCCACCAAGAUUAGCUUUCAUGAUGACGAACGCCCUCGCAAGCGGAGUCGGUAUGACUACUCUCAGUAUGCUAAUGACACCGACCAUCGGGUCACCGAUUUAGCUCCUGAGCAGACCAAUGUUGCGCUCUUCCGCCCAGAGAACAAACCCAUCCGGGAUAGAAUCCACCCUGGACACUCAUUCCGACCUCCAACCGAAUAUCCUAUGCCUUCUGUCGGCUUCUUUGAGUCGCGCUCGUCAUCACAGUGGACCUAUGCGGAGGACGAUGAACUUCGCCGUCUAGUCAAGGAAUACUCCUACAAUUGGUCGCUCAUCUCUAGUUGCCUGACUCCGCCGUCCCUGUUCACAUCUGGUGCCGAAAGACGGACUCCAUGGGAAUGUUUUGAGCGAUGGGUUGGACUGGAAGGCCUUCCGGCUGAUAUGUCGAAGACUCAAUAUUUCCGUGCUUACCACCAGAGGCUCGAGACUGCCCAGCGUACUGUGUUGGCUCAGCAACAGGCUGCCCAGCAGCAGCAACAGCAGCAGCAGCAGCAACAAGGUGCUAGUGCUCAACCCCAGCCACCUGUCCGCCGAAGGACCACCCAGCCCCUUCGGGUCGAUCGGAGACGGUCUUCCAAGCAUCUUGCUUUGCUUGAUGCCAUGCGGAAGCUGGCUAAGAAGAGGGAAACUAUGCUCCAGAAACAGCAGCAUGCCUCUCAUCUCGCUUCGUUGCGCAAGGCCAAUGAGGCCAAUCAACCCAAGCCUCCAAUCUCAUCUCCAGCUGAAUUCAGCCGGUUGAAGUAUGACCGGGAAAUGAAGCUACAGGAAAGACAGGAGCAGUAUCGGCAGCAAAUGAUUGCGCAGCAGAGGGCCAGUCUUCAGGCUCAACGGUCCGGCCAGGCGCCCAACCAACAACCAAUGUUGAACGCGCCAGGGCGCACCAACGCUAACAUGCCUCCUACUUCCAACCCCAAUGUAACAGGCAAUGCUCCUAAUGGAAUGUCAAAUGGUCUACCUGGUGGUGCAGCUGUCAACCAGGCACGUUCUAUGCCCAUGCAGAAUAUGCCCGGAGGGGCCCAGCCUAAUGGUCAGAUGCCGAAUAACAUGCCCAUGAAGAUGAUGCCGCAAGGUCAAAUGCAGCAAACCCCAGGCUCCCGACCCGGCCUGCCGAUGCAGACAUCCCCUGAUAAUACCCGUGUGAUGCGAGAAGCCAACAGAUUGCAGGAGCAGCAGCGCCUUCUCCAAUCACGACAAGGACAGCCCCAUCCCCAGCAGGGCCAACAGCAAUUCCAUAACCAACCGUUUGGACAGCAGGGGUCACCAAAUAUGAACAUGGCAAACGUCAAUGGUACUUCCAACAACCCUGCUAUGAUGUCUAUGCCGAAUCAAGGGGGAAUGCAGAGCCCAUCGUUCCCGGGGAACGCACCACAAGGAGUGUCGGUGCCGUCACCUCGCAUGGGUCAGCCUAAUCCUUUAUCUAGUGGAGUUGUGCCCCAAAUCAGCACCAUCCAGAGUCAGAUCCAGCGCAGUCAUCCCACCUUACCUCCGGACCAGGUGACCAAGCUAGCGACUGAGCGUCUGAAUCAGUAUCAACAGUCGCAGCAACAACAGCGCCUGUCUCAACAAGCUGCCAUGAACGCGGCUGCCGGUAGCAUCAACGCGGGUGCUGUGCAGAAUAACUACCAAGUUCCGCAUGACAAUAACUAUCAAACUCCGCCGGCGAACAUGUCCAAUGGUGGUUCCGGAGUUCAGAUCUCCCAAAACCAAGGGUUCUCGCCCAUGAUGCGUGUGCCCCAGACUCAGCAGAAUCGUGUCGCCCCCACCAGCUCACCUGCCAUGAAUGGAGCAGCGGUUCAACCCAGCCGGAGUGCCACACCCCAGAACCAGCGCAGCGGAAGUGCCCAAGCCGGCCCUCCUCAGCCCAGUAAGAGCCCGCAUGCCGCGGCCGCCCAAACCGCGACCUAA